AAAGAGGAGCAAAUAGACAUAAAUCCUUCUUAUGGGGUUAAAAUUCAAAUUGAUUCAAAUUGACUUCCUUUAAGAAAAAAAUCAGAACGAAUACAAGGACCGUACUGCAAAAUUCCAGAUUUUGGGAAUGGAAUUUCUGAAGGAAAAAAACCAAACACUGGUAUUGGCUUUAGAUUCGAGAAAAUCUGAGGACGAAACCGCGCGAACACCUGCGUAGAUAACCGGCGAGGGGAAGAGGAAGUCGAGAAAUGGCGGAGAAAUUGGCACCGGAGACACGGCACAGUUUCAUCCACAACGGUCAAAAGGUGUUUGAAUGGGAUCAAAUCAUAGAUGAGGUUAAUAUUUACAUAAAUUUGCCUCCAAAUGUUCAUUCCAAGCAGUUUUACUGCAAGAUUCAGUCCCAACACUUGGAAGUUGGCAUCAAGGGCAAUCCUCCCUAUCUCAAUCAUGAUCUCUCCGGCCCGGUGAAGACGGAUUCCUCUUUCUGGACAUUAGAGGACGGCAUAAUGCACGUAACACUGCAGAAGAGAGACAAGGGUCAGACAUGGUCAUCGCCUAUACUGGGCCAGGGUCAGCUGGACCCUUACUCCACUGAUCUUGAGCAGAAGCGCCUCAUGCUUCAGAGGUUUCAAGAAGAGAACCCAGGUUUUGAUUUUUCUCAAGCUCAGUUUACUGGUAGUUGUCCUGAUCCAAGGACCUUUAUGGGUGGGAUCCGUUCUGAUUGACAGUCUUGGUUUGCUUGAUUACUUACCUUCAGUAGUGUGUUAUAAAAUCCUGACUGUUGUUUAGUAAAUAAACUCUCUACUGUGUUUUCUUCCCUCUCUAAUUAUUUACCAAGCUUCAUUCCCUAUUAACUGCAUAAACAUGUGGUCUGUGGUCAAGAUCUUCUCGUGUAAUAUAAGAAUUUAUUUAUUUGCUACAUGCAUUUUCUAGACUGGCCUGUGCUUAAAUGUAAGUGGCGUAUCCUCAAAAUUUAUAAUGGAUGACUUAUUGCCUAAUGAAAUAUUAAGCUUUGAUGGUGUAUUUGUCGACUUGUCAUGGCAGAUUUGAUAAACCUCUUUAAUUCUA